AUGGCGGCGCCCGCUCGGAGGCGCCCGGCCGUGGUUGGUGUGACCUUUGAGGAUGUCGCCGUGUACUUCUCGGGAACAGAAUGGCAGCUUCUUGACGAGGCUCAGAGAUGCCUAUACCUCGAUGUGAUGCUGGAGAAUUUUGCUCUCAUAUCCUCACUGGGUUGCUGCUGUGGAACAUGGGAUCUGGAGGCACCCCUUGAACAGAACGUUUCUGUAAGACUGUCACAGGCAAAGAAGACCAAAGUACCUUUGUCUUCCCAGAACAGCCACCCCUGUGAGAGUUGUGGUCCGGUCUUACGGGACAUUUUCCAGUUGGUUGAGCAGCAGGGAACACCACACAGCCCCAAACUGUUGAGGUGCGGUGCAUGUGCAAAACCAUUUUAUUUCAGUGCGAAGUGUCACCAGGACCAUGAGCAGCACAGGAGAGGCAACCGUUUGAUAAGAGGUGUGGACAGAGCCUCACCUGCGAAGAGCUGCACGUUCAGUGUGUCCCAGACACUUGUUACCAGUCAGAAGGUUGGACACAGCAUCCUUACUGCCUCAGGGCAACUUCAGCCACAGGCUACUCAUACCACAGUCAAACCAAGUGACAGCUCGAAGGCCGGGGUUAUAUGUCAAAACAGAAAGAAUUACCAUACCAAGAAGGAAUGUAAAAAAGUGAUUGGCUGCAAUGACACUCUUGUUCCAGACCAUGCUGGCCAUGCGGGAAGGCAGUGUCUUGUGGGCCCUGAAAGUAAAAAAGGUCUUAGAGGAAUCUCUGGUUUUCGUUAUCAGAACGUUCACUCAUUGGAAAAGUCAUACGAGUGCCGUGAAUGUGGGAAGUCCUUUCGAAGAAAGGAUAACCUGAAUGAACACCAGAGGAUUCACACUGGAGAAAAGCCUUAUGAGUGUGGAGAAUGUGGGCUGUCCUUUAGCCAGAAGUGGAGCCUGAAUCAACACCAAAGGAGUCACACUGGAGAAAAGCCGUAUGAGUGCCAUGAAUGUGGGAAAUCUUUUACCUAUUGCUCUGGGCUCCAAGGUCAUCGGUCUGUUCACACUGGAGCAAGGCCGUAUGAGUGCAGUGAAUGUGGAAAAUGUUUUACCACAAAAUCCUACCUUCAUGUUCAUCAGAGAAUUCACUCUGGUGAAAAGCGUUACAAGUGCCGUGAAUGUGGGAAAUCUUUUACCUAUUGCUCUGGACUCCGUGGUCAUCAGUCUGUUCACACUGGAGCAAGGCCGUAUGAGUGUAGUGAAUGUGGAAAAUGUUUUACCACAAAAUCCUACCUUCAUGUUCAUCAGAGAAUUCACUCGGGUGAAAGGCGUUAUGAGUGCAGUGAAUGUGGGAAAUCUUUUAUGUGUAACUCGAAACUCCGUUAUCAUCAGAGAGUUCACACUGGAGAGAAGCCGCAUGAGUGCAGUGAAUGUGGGAAAUCUUUUGUCCAUAGCUCUAGCCUCCGUUGUCAUCAGAGAGUUCACACUGGAGAAAAGCCGUAUGAGUGCAAUGAUUGUGGGAAAUCUUUUGCCUUUAGCUCUCAGCUCCGUUGUCAUCAGAGAGUUCACAGGACAAAGACCUUAUGAGUGCAGUGAUUGUGGGAAAUCUUCUGCCUGUUGCACUGGCCUUUGUUGUCACCAGAGAGUUCACACUGGAGAAAGACCUUAUGAGUGCCAUGAAUGUGGGUAAUCUUUUAUGAUGAUCUCUCAUCUUCAUAAACAUCAA